AUGAGGCAAAAGGCUGGGGCCAAGCCGAGCCAGCAGGCAUCGCCGACCGACACACCUGUAAGAGAGAAGACAGAAAGGCUUUGGCCGUCCCCGGCGUCAUCCAUCCACGUGUACACGCAGCGGGAGGUGUACGGCACCGUUGGCUCCCACGUCACCCUCUCCUGCAGCUUCUGGUCCAGUGAGUGGAUCUCCGAGGACAUCUCCAUCACCUGGCACUUCCAAGCCGAGGGUUCCCGCGACAGCAUCUCCAUAUUCCACUAUGCCAAGGGUCAGCCCUACAUCGAUGACGUGGGCAGCUUCAAGGAGCGGAUGGAGUGGGUGGGCAACCCCCGCCGCAAGGACGGCUCCAUCGUUAUCCACAACCUGGACUACACCGACAACGGCACCUUCACCUGCGAUGUCAAGAACCCCCCUGACAUCGUGGGCAAGUCCUCCCAGGUCACGCUCUACGUCUUUGAGAAAGUGCCCACUCGCUACGGUGUCGUCCUGGGCUCCAUCAUCGGCGGGGCUCUGCUGCUGGUGGCCGUGGUGGUGGCCCUCGUCUAUCUCAUCCGCUACUGCUGGCUGCGGCGGCAAGUGGCCCUGCAGCGACGGCUGAGUGCCAUGGAGAAGGGGAAGCUGCAGCGAUCGGCCAAGGACGCAUCCAAGCGCAGCCGGCAGACAGCACCACCACGGAUUGGAAAGCGGGGGCUGCCCCAGGGAAAAGGGCAUUUCCGCGCCAUCCCCUCACACAAGGGCCACCUCCACGCCAGGGGACAUGGGACUUAG